CAUCCAUCCACUUACACUCCGAGCAGGACUCCGUUGCUCGAGCACUUUUCUUUUCAACUUUUCUUUUCUGUUGAAGCUGUACAUAUUUUCCUUCGUCAGUGUCUCCAAAACCAAAAGACUUUGCCUCAGAAACCAUUCUGCAAAUCUUAACCCCGCCAUCGAGAUCCAACCCCAACCUCCUCCCCGACCAUACCUCACCUCCUCAAAAUGUCCACCCCCAUCCGCCGCGGCCUCACGCAAAUCCUCAAAAAGGAGCCCUCGGAUAUCGUCAUCCUCUCCUCCCUCCGCACGCCCAUAACCCGCAGCAACAAAGGACACCUCAAAGACACCUACCCCGAACAACUGCUUGCAACAGUCCUCCGUGCCACCCUCGCCGCGAACCCGAACCUCGACCCCGCUCUGAUCCAAGAUGUCGGCAUCGGCGUCGUGUUGUCAGAACUUGGCGGCUCGAAGGCUGGGCGCAUGGCGAUGAACCAUGUUGGCAUUCCGACUACCACAUCUUUCUAUACCGUGAAUCGGGCGUGCAGCUCAGGGUUGAGUGCGAUCACGAAUGUGAGCCAUCAGAUCGCGACAGGCAUGAUCGAUAUUGGGAUCGGUGGGGGAAUGGAGAGCAUGACGCGGAACUAUGGGAGUAGAGCUAUACCUGUUGAUUUGUGGCCUGCGUUGAAGGAGAGCGAAGUGAAGGAUGCGAGGGAUUGCAUUAUGCCGAUGGGGCUGACGAGUGAGAAUGUGGCGGAGAGGUAUGGCGUUAGUCGUGCGGAUCAGGAUGCAUUUGCUGUCAUGAGCCAUCAACGCGCUGCUAAAGCGCAAGCGGAAGGACUGUUUGAUAAGGAGAUCGUGCCGGUGGAAACGACGUUCCAGGAGGUGGAUAGGAAGGGGCAGAAGGUGGGGGAGGAGAGGGAGGUUACGGUGACGAAGGACGAUGGGAUUAGGACGACUGCUAGUAUUGAGGGAAUGCAGAAGCUGAAGCCGGCGUUUAAGGAGAAUGGGACAUCAACUGCCGGGAACUCGAGCCAGAUUUCGGAUGGUGCUGCUGCGACGUUGUUGAUGAGGAGGAGUACAGCGAAUGAGCUUGGCUUGACGUCUUCGAUCAUUGGGAAGUGGGCGGGGACACAAGUGGCGGGAUGCAAGCCGGAUGAGAUGGGAAUAGGGCCUGCGAUUGCCAUUCCCAAGCUGCUGGAAUACACCGGUUUGAAAACGGAGGAUGUUGGAUUGUGGGAGAUCAACGAGGCGUUUGCAAGUCAAGCUAUUUACUGUUUGAGGCAGCUCGGCCUAGAAAAGCAGCUCGAGGAAGGACGGGUAAAUCCCAAGGGUGGUGCUAUUGCGCUGGGACAUCCUCUUGGCGCGACUGGGGCGAGGAUGUUGGCUGGAUUGUUGCCGGAGAUGGAAAGACAGGGGCUACAGACUGGAGUUGUCAGCAUGUGUAUAGGAACCGGCAUGGGCAUGGCUGGGCUGUUCGUUAGAGAAUGAUGUAUAUAGAGGAGCCGAAACAAUGAAAAAGUUACUUGUAGGUCGUGCUCCACUUGAAGUAUUUAGUAGGAACAUCUGGGAAUUAUUCGAAGUACUCGAGGACUGUAGUUGUCUUGGGGGGUUCUCUUGCAAUGUAGGAGUCUGCUUGGGACAAUCUCGUUGGAGAAUUCUUUCAGAACAUUUCGUCCUGAAAGUUUGGCUGCCUUGGAUUUCCCUCUCAAACUGUACGAGUUUGCUUGGAAUAUUCUCGUCGGGUGACUUCUUUGAGGUCUUUACGCUCUCUGUCUGUUCCAUUGUACGAGUUGGCUUGGGACCAGUGGCUUGCUGGUUCUCGAAUAUUUGCCACAAUUCAAG